CUUCUGCAUCUCUAAGGGGAUGGUGCUCUCUCUACCCCUCCAGACAGGGCAAGCUGGGGCUUUUACACUUUGAUCUGGUGAAGAGGAGUCUCAGCCGGUUUAUUUUUUAGCAUAUAAAGGAUUCUCAGGGAAUUGCUGCUCCACCCUCCAGGUGAGUAUUUGCACCAAGGAUGAGCCAGAUCCCCAGCUAGUGUAGACAGACCUAAGAGGAGCUACACCUGAUCGACACAGCAGCUGGGGAUCUGCACCUAUUGACUCUCAUGGAGCUGGAGAUAUGGAAUUUCUAUUUUUAUUAUGUCACUGAAAAUGCUGGUUGUUUGUGUCUAUGAAGAGGACACUGGGAGGGGAGAAAUGUACGGUAAACCCGCCCUGAUUGCUACAUCUCGGAUUCCGGACCCAAUGGGAAGCGCGGAGCGGGAAGGAGGUCAGGCUGGUACCUCUGCCUGGAAUUGGCACCGCGAGUCUGACACAGUGACAUCCAUCCGGCGAAGCACUGAGGAUGCUGGGACCAGGCUGCAGGGAGCCAUGGAGAGCUUUAGGGUUCGGCUCUGGUCCACCUCUGGCUGAUUGGACAUGCACUGAGUCUGGAAUAAGGCAGCACCCAAAGAACGGCAACCGAUCAGAGCAAAACACACUCCAGAGCUCCUAGGAAGAGAUGGGGAAAGGCACACAGAAGGAGAAAGCCGAGCCAGAGAUGCUGUUUAAAGUCCAAAGAGAUGCAGAGAACGGAGCAAAGCCAGAUUAUGCCCCCGACACCAUUUGCAAAACUCUCUCAUCCCAUAAAGCCAAAACUGCAGUCGCAUGCUUGAUGAGUACCAUGACCAUCCUCAUCCUCAUCCUGACAGUAGCUCUGGCAGUGGAAACGUCUCAUGUCCCUGAGCCUCUUCUUUCUGAACCCUGCUGCCCAGAUGGCUGGGUCGGGUACCAAGGGAAAUGCUACUAUUUCUCAGAAGCAGAAGGGAACUGGAAAUCCAGUCAGCACCACUGCUCUUUACUGGGUGCCUCCCUGGCUGGGGUCGACACUUUGCAGGACCUGGCUUUCCUGAUGCGCUAUAAGGGGCGCUCUUACCAUUGGAUCGGCCUGUGGCGGGAAGAAAGCCAGCCUUGGAAGUGGACGAAUGGGACAGAAUUCAACAGCAUGUUUGAGGUGAGGGGAGGAGGAAGCUGUGCGUAUCUGAACGACGUGGCUGUCAUCUCCUCGAGGUGCCUGACGGAGAAGAACUGGGUUUGUAGCAAACCCAGCCUGCAUCUGAAGAAGGACUAGAAUGGGAUGGAACAGAAGAGGCCUUCAAAGGGUGAGGCUCACCCUUGCCGAAGGCAGCCGACAGGCAUAUGGCCCACGACAAUCCCCGAGUUGCUUUUCCCUACUACGCUCACUGAGCGGUUGGCAUGUAAACGACACUCUUCAUCCCACAUGUAGCUUGCAGCACCAUUUAUGUUGCCUCAGUGCUUAAUUUGUAAUGACUAGGGUGACCGGAUGACAAGAACAAAAUAUCAGGACACUUAGGUGGGGGCAGCCACAGGCUCACACCCCCUCCCCACCACUGGCGCCAUGGCGGGCGGGGAAUAAAAAGCCUGAGGAAGCCGCGGGUCGGGG